GAAAGAGAACCACCAGACUUCCAAGGACAUCAGAAUGAGUGACAACACUGCUUUGGCUCCUCCAGCUUCAAACCAGGGUCCCACUACCCCACGCAAAGGGCCCCCCAAGUUCAAGCAGAGGCAGACUCGCCAAUUCAAGAGCAAACCUCCUAAGAAAGGGGUGAAAGGGUUUGGAGAUGACAUUCCAGGCAUGGAGGGGCUAGGAACAGAUAUCACGGUGAUUUGCCCCUGGGAGGCGUUCAGCCACCUGGAAUUGCAUGAGCUUGCUCAGUUUGGGAUCAUCUGAUGCACCUGAGGUUCUGCCACUUUCAACAGCAUCUGCUCUAAUUUUGCUUACUUUUGCCCUAUUGAUCUGCCAGAGUCUUGAAAUUCAGCUGUUCGGAAGUGGUUUCUUCAGCUUACACAGUCAUUUCCCCCUAAAUUGCUAUGAAGAGUUCUCUUGGUGUGAGAUUCUCUCUUGCCCUAUAUAGUUCAGCUCAGAACAGUGGAUGCAAAUAGACUUUUGUUAGGACAUUUCAAAUUUCCUAUCAGCUGGUUAGAAUUCAGUGAUAGUUCUUGAAAUUUUGUUUAUCUGUUAAGUCCUUCAAAUUUAGUUUUUACCAGGCAGUCCCUACAAUUAAUAGUAGCUUUUAAGAUAACAUUUUUGUCACCCCCCUUCCCCUUCUCAUUUAAUAAAGGAGAUACUUACCUUGAAUCUUAUGAUGAAGUUGUAUUAAAUGCUAUAUGCAAGUA